CCCGGUCUCCUAUAUCCCCUCUACUUCAAAAUCUACAUGUAAAUACACACUACUUGAAUAUAAUACUCCUUUUUCUUCUCUACACUUCCCGAGGCACUUUCGUUUCUCCUCAAUCAUUUAUCCACACCUCCUAUUUCUCUUGUGAAUACUAUACCCUUUGUUGGAUGGCAAAAAACGAGGAAAAUCGAGAAGUUCCUACACAUGGGAAUGAGUGGGAAGUUGUAUCUCUCAGUGCUUCAGCAUAUGCUGCUUCUCCUGGUGCAGAGCAAGAUAAAUUGAAUGAUGAUGACCAAGGACACCCAGUUGGCGAGGAAAAAGAGGGUACUUCUGAAGCAAUGUUUAUGUCUCGUCACUUCGUCUUCCCACCAAGUGAACAUGAGAACUUGCCUUUGGUCCCAGAAAAGAUUGAAAUCCCUGAUGGACAUGCCGAUCAGGUUAAUGAUGAUGCCCCUGAUCUUGUGGCAGAGGAAGGGGGUAUAUCUAGUACUAAAGAUGGAGAAAAUUGGGAUGUCAAAACUUUGCAUAUGACAGAUGAAAUUCCUGGGAUGCAGUUUGUUGAUGAGAAGGGUAAAAGUUUGUCCAUGAGUGGUACAGAAUUUGAAGAAGGCAUGGCACACCACAGCUUAACUUCGGUGGAUAAAGAACAGAGUAUAUACAGUGCUACUAAACUUACAUGUGUCCAUGGUGAAGCAACUAUUGGUGGAUCUGCCCUAGUUGGGGAGAGCAAAAUAUUAGCUGAACCAAUUGAUGCAUCUGAAGAAGGAUUAGAUAUAAACAUUUCUCGAUCACCAAAGCAUAUGGAUGGAGAUAAAGACGAUGGUUCUGACCUUCCCUGUGAAGCUUGGUGGAAGAGGGGAGCUAUUUCUCUAUAUGCUCAUGCAAAAGAAGCAAAUGCUGUCUGGUCUAUUUUCAUUGCUGCAGCAGUCAUGGGCCUUGUAGUGAUUGGUCAGAGAUGGCAGGUGCUGCAACACAAGUGGCCCUAUGGUGAUGAGAAGAUGAGCAAGAUGUUGGGCCCCUUGUCCCGAUUAAAAGAUGUUAUAGUGGGUGGGCACCGGAGUGGUUCAGUUAUUAGAGGCAGCACCACAUCCCAGCGUUAAGAUGAUGACGAAAAAGAUUAUAACAAACACAAAGAGCCGAGGAUAUGAGAUGUUUUAGGUUGUGGUUUCUAGAAUUUGUGGAGUAAACCUAACAUCUAUCCUUUGAAGACGGAAAAGAGCUACUUGUUUAUAUUUUGCUUUAAUCGACAAUUACCUUCGUUUGGGUUUGGCGCCCUUUACAGAAGUUGUUAAUACCAGCGAUGUAUAUUGGAUCAAAACUUUUACGUAUCAAUACUGUAUAUUGCUUGGUAACUAAAUGCUUUGUACUGGGCCUGGGGAUGAAUUGUGAUACUAAUAUUUGUAGUCUUUUUUGUUGUU